AUGAAUUGUGAUAACGAUGAAGGUAAUUUUGUGCCAAGUGACGACGUUUCCAGCAUAUCGGCGGGAAGAACAAGACUUUUAGGAACUUUUGCUGGUAUUGGGAAUAAUUGCAAUAACAUGAUUGGUGCUGGAAUAUUUUCAAGUCCCGGUCUAGUCUUAAAUGAAAUUCAGUCUCCUGGAAUAGCAUUAAUUUUAUGGGCAGUGGGUGGAAUUGCCGCAUUAUUCGGAUCGCUUUCUUAUGUCGAGUUAGGAAGUUCUAUACCAGAUGGAGGAGGAGAAACUGUGUAUUUGGAACAAGCAUACCCUCGUCCAAAAGCACUAUUUAGUUAUAUGUUUAGUUUUGCCAUGAUUGUGGUAAUACAACCAGCUUAUAUAUCCGCUAUAGCAAAUGUUUUCGCACAAUAUUUCUUAUAUUUCAUUAAAGCGAAAGGGCGUUGUGACAUUGAUUAUCUGCAUCCAAAGGAAUACAUUACUGAUUGGAAUUUUUGGCAAUUACGACUUUGUUCGUUAGCUGCAGUAGUUAUAAUCACAAUUUACCACAUUCUAUCCAACAAAUGGGCAAACCGUAUAAAUCAAACUCUCACAAUUAUAAAGAUGUUAACACUGCUUGCAAUAUCGAUUAUUGGACUUGCAACAAUUCCUCAGGUUAUUAACGAUAAAGAUACGAAUUGGAAAAAUAUGUUUCCUAGAGAUGUAAAUAUUAGUGCACGCUCUUUGACUGCUGCACUUAUUCCUAUUUUAUUUUCAUAUGGUGGCUGGAAUAAUUUAAAUUAUACUUUGGAUGAAUUCGUCAAUCCACAACAAAAAUUGUUCACGUCAAAUAGUAUUAGUGUCUGUGUUGUUACUUUUUUGUACCUUUGUGCUAAUAUCGCAUAUACGAAUGUACCAUUAUCAACAAUAACCGGCAAUAAUGAACCUUCAGAAAUCAUUGCUGGCCAAUUCGCUCUCCAAGUCGGCGGUUUUAAUUUAGCUCGUGCAUUAUCUUUUUUCGUCUGCCUAUCAGCGUUUGGCGUAUUGGCCGCAAGCAUAUGGGUUGGAUCGCGAAUAAUUGUAGCCGCUGCUAAAAGAGAUUAUAUCCCUUUCUCAUCAAGAUUCGAAAAAUGGAAUGAAAGUACAGAUACUCCGAUUUUUGCAUUGAUCACACAAGCAAUUUGGUCUUCAUUGAUUAUUAUCUUUUAUCCACAUAAUGAUCCAUUUAAAUUUUUUGUUAGUUUGGGUGAGUACUGCAUGUGGGUAUUUCUGUUUCUGACUGUUUUGGGAUUAUUGUUUCUGCGCUAUUCUAAACCCAAUCUAUUUCGUCCAUUCAGAGUGUAUACCCCAAUACCCAUAAUAUUUAUUAUGUUCACAAUAUUUAUUAUAAUUGGGUCUUUCGUAAACGAUUCAUCAAAAAUACCUCAUGAGAACCAACAAAAACUCAACGACGACAUGUGUGAUAGUUCCAAAAACUUCAAAUAUGCAGCAUAUGAAUAUUACCUUCCUUAUGUCAUAAGUUUGGUUGUAAUAGGAGUUGGUGCGAUUUGUUGGUACUUGUUAAAUCAGUUUAGAUACGAUAUACGAACAGUACGCAGUCGAUUUAUUUCGGAGAAGCUAGAAUUGGAGACAAAUCUUAGGUCUUGA